AUGAAGUCUUUGACCCUUCCAAUUCUCCUCUUGUUCUGCUUCACGGAUGCAAUUUUGGCUCAAGAGGGGCCCAUAGGGAGUGCAAGGUCCCGCAUCCCUCACUACAAUCUCAUCAAGCGUCCGAAAGGCUGGACCGACGACCAAGUCAGCACAGCCUGGACGAAUGCAUGCCAUGCGAUCCAGUCGGAGGCUCAACCAGCGGCUAUCAGGCCCUUGCGAACCGAGUCGCGUGCUUCGACGGACAAAGCUGGCUCCGUGCUUGCGGCGCUGCUCAAGCAAAAUCCAGGCGAAUGGGUCAUAAAGAAGAUUUAG